UUUAUCGCUAAGCAGCAACAGCAAUAGGAAUCCAAUCUGAGAUGAAAUAGCAACCACCCGUUCAGAUUUGGGCAAAAAUAUCUCUCACAAAGCUUUCAAGAGUUGUACUUUCAGUAAAAGUAGCACAAGCAUUAGAGCUCACCCAGAAAAAUGGCUCUUCUUACUUCAAUCACACAGCAUCCAUCUUCAUCAUUCUCCUUGCAUCCCAAUCUCCAUACCUCACUACUACUGAUUUCCUCUUCAAAAACUACUUUACACAACAGAUUCUGCUCCACAGUCAAACCUCUAAGCCAAAGAUCAUCUUCUUCACAUACUAUCCAAAGGGGCUGGAAAAUCCAAUGUGCUGCAACAAAACCUGCAAAAUCACCAGCUGAAGAAGACUGGAAGGUCAAAAGAGAGUAUCUUCUACAGAAAAAGGUAAGGAGUGUGGAUGUCAAGGAAGCUCGACGCCUUCAGCAAGAAAAUAAUUUUGUGAUCCUUGAUGUGCGGCCCGAAGCAGAAUACAAAGAGGCUCAUCCACCAGGUGCUAUCAAUGUGCAAGUAUAUAGGCUUAUAAAGGAAUGGACGGCAUGGGACAUUGCUAGGCGUGCAGCAUUUGCAUUUUUUGGUAUCUUUGCUGGCACAGAGGAAAACCCCGAGUUCAUCCAAAGUGUGGAAUCAACUUUAAAUAAGGAUGCAAAAAUAAUAGUGGCCUGCUCAGCCGGAGGCACCAUGAAGCCAUCUCAAAAUCUCCCAGAGGGUCAACAAUCAAGAUCAUUGAUAGCAGCCUACUUGUUAGUCCUCAAUGGUUACAAGAAUGUCUUCCAUUUAGAAGGAGGCCUCUACACAUGGUUUAAGGAGGAAUUGCCAACUAUUUCUGACGAGUGAAGCAGCAUGAGUUUUAAAGGAGCAGUCGGACGGGAAACUCAAAUUUUGUUCCUAAUGAAACAUUUGAUGUAUCUGUAUCAAGAUUGCUCUAUUCUGUCGAAGAUGUUUUUUGUAUGAAGACUUUAAGAGCUGUACAUAUUUGACAGGCUUAUGACAAAAUUGACUUUGAAGUUUGAA